GGUGCAGGCUUAAGCAGGGUUACAAUGCAGUUUGCCACAAUUCAACAGGACAUCAGUCAGCCAUCAGCAUUACAUUGUUCAACAUGUCGCGCUUCAGCUUUGAAACUACAAGCAAUGUAAGAACCUUUCGGCAUCAACCGUCCAUCCACCAUCCCCACGUGGAAUGUGCGAGUUGUCACAGUCCCGUUGAGGCAAAUGAGCCAUACAGUCAUCAUUGGUUGUCCGGCGAGGAUGCCCAGCACACCAAACUGGAUCUGGAGAAGAAACUGCUGCUCAGGCAGAUCGAGAAGGAACGCAUUGAAACCUUUAUGAUUUGUGAUGAAACCCAACAAUAUGGUGGCGUUGAAGAAUUUCUACUGCAAGCCGGAACGCACGCACUGCCGCAGCUGUUGCGCUUCUUGAAAUACAAGGCCAGCGAACUGGUUGUCACUAUGGGCUUCUAUGUGUCUGUGCCGGGGAAGCGCUUUUACUUCGAGAGUUAUUCCUUCUCUAUAAAGCAUUUCCUGGACAUUGAGGCAACAAUCGACAUGGUCAUCGGUCGGCUCGCUCAGAAGAUUUGCAGCUAUAUGUAUAUGGCGGAAGGAGUUAUGCUGGAUGACUGCGCCAUCAGGCGAAUAAAACUGACUGUCAAACGGCUUAACAAUGGACCAGAAGUGCUACCACUGCAGUAUCGCAUCAAGAACAGUGGUGGUUUCAAGGCCAAGGACAAUAAUAAGAAGCCGGUGAAUUUGUCGCUCCUCAACGAGAGCUAUCUCAACUAUCAUGGAAAACGUUUUGGCAAAUUUUCCCGACUCCCUGCAAAAUCCUAA